AUGGAAAAGAAGAAUAUUCCCGCAAGUGUCGAUUCAUUGCAUGCGAUAGAGCAUAGAAUGAUUUCCUACUAUGAGCUACUGCAAGCAACAAACAACUUCCAUCAUGAAAACUUACUUGGAACAGGAAGUUUCAGUUCAGUAUACAAAGCUACAUUGUCUGAUGGAAUCAUUGUUGCUGUGAAAGUUUUGGAUCUGCAACUUGAAGGGGCAAUUAAGAGUUUUGAUGCAGAAUGUCAGGUGUUGCGUAAUGUUAGACAUAGAAAUCUAGUCAAAGUAAUCAGCAGUUGUUCCAAUCUUGAUUUUAGAGCUUUAGUCAUGGAAUAUAUGCCACAGGGGAGCCUUGAAAAAUGGCUUUACAGCCAGAACUAUUUCUUGAAUCUCCUCCAAAGAAUAAAUAUCAUGAUUGAUGUUGCCUUAGCGCUGGAGUAUCUACAUCACAACCAAUCGGGGCCUGUGGUGCACUGUGAUGUGAAGCCUAAUAACGUCCUCCUUGAUGAAGACAUGGUAGCUCAUGUGGGUGACUUUGGCAUUGCAAAGAUAUUAAGUGCAAAUGAUAAACCUGUAGCACAAACCAAGGCCUUGGGAAGCAUAGGGUACAUUGCACCAGAAUAUGGGUCUGAAGGAAGAGUUUCGACAAGUUGUGAUGUUUAUAGCUACGGGAUCUUGUUGAUGGAGAUGUUUACAAGAAAGAAGCCUACAAAUGAAAUGUUUGCUGGAGAAUUAUGCCUAAGAAAAUGGGUACCUAUGUCGCUCCCAACUGAAAUAAUGGAAGUCGUGGACAAAAAUCUUAUUGAUAGAGAAGAAAGUGAUUCACCUAUGAAACAACAAACUUUUGUUUCCAUCAUAGAAUUAGGACUUGAUUGUUCGAGAGAAUUGCCUGAAGAGAGGAUUACCAUGAAAGAAGUUGCCGCAAGACUUGAUAAGAUAAAGAAGAAGCUUUUGUUGACAUAA